AGCUAAGAUUACUGUCAAAUCACAAAGUAACUAAGCUUCUCAUUUGGCUGAAUUUGGAGAUUGUUCUGACUUUGAUGAUAAUCAUAUAUGUUAACUGCAGAUUUUUUUAGUCAUGUUCUUGAAUGUAGUCUGGUAUCAGUUUCUUCUCUGCUUCACUGGUCAAACUGCAUUGUAGUUUCCGUUGUUUAGUUUUUUGAUGUAAUGUAACCGAGCUUUUGAUUUGAUUCCAAUGGCUAAAUUUUUUCGAAUUGUACUCUUGUUUUCAUGUUCUUUGCUUCAAGAUUUUCAAUGGUUAACUCAAUCAAAGGAGUCUUCAUCUCAUGCGAUGUUCCCAUGGCGCAGUUCAUUGCACAUUUGAACAAUUCGUUGCCUCCUUCACAGAAGUUUAUACUUCAGGUACUGAAACUGGACACUACUUGUAUGUUUGUGAAGCCGCAAGCAGAGGAGAUGAUUCAUAGUGCCGUCAUCAAGUUCAGGGACCAAAACUCUUACGCAAAGACGAAUUGAUCGGUUUACUUGGGAUCUUAAUAUAGUGCGAGAGAGAUCAACAAAGGAUUUGUGUGAAAUCUGUGAUGAACCAUACCAUGUUUGUAAACGAUUAGUGUGUACAGGAAUGAGAUAAUUUUUUCAUUAGACUUAAGAGUUUAAGACC